AUGAAAGGAUUGUCAGUCAACGAUAGCUUUAGCACAAGAGAGGAGGCAGAGAAGGUUGUAUUAAGUCAUGCAGAACAGAAUGGGCUUGUUGUUGAGUUUGAAAGCACUAAUAAGUCGAUUGUUGCUUGUUGUAGAGGAAAGGAUGAAUUUGGAUGUGAGGCAAAGAUAGUUGCUCAGCCACGCAAAAAAGACGAUUCAUAUGUGGUGAAGAAGAUCAAGCUGGUGCACAAAUGUCCUUCUGUUACACAAAAGUACAACACUCCGGACGAGAUGGUUAGAUCUGAGAUACACAAGGCCAUAGGCGGACGCGGAGCAAGAAUUGGUGAAAUGGUAUGCAUAUUAGCAGAGAUGGAUAUAAGAAUGGGAUAUUUUUCUGUUUGGAAGGCCAUGAGGCAAGGAAGAGAAUUUGAUAAGGAAAAUGAAGCACAGGCGGAGGCAGUGGAUGGCAACAAAGCAAACGCUUUCAAAGGAGCAUUGGGCGAAUUUUCACUUGAGUUUUCUGAGAAAAACCCGAGUGCAGCUGUCAAAUGCAUGGACAAUGCAUUUUUCUUUUCGUAUCCUGAGUAUCUUGAUGUUUUGGUUCCUGUCGUUGAGAUAAGGGUGUAUAAAAGGACAGAUGGGUUUGCUGUUUUUGGAGUGCUGCGAGAUCCCACAUGGGCACCUGUUGUGCAUUCUUGUAUUGUUUCUGAAGGAAUAAGUAUGGAGGACACUAUCAGAUGCUUUGUGGAUUUUCUCCCUGGAGUGUUUUUUCUUGUGGACUUUGAUACGAGUGUUGUUGGUGUUUUGGAAGCAAAAAAACGAGAGUAUUUUAUCAAGACACGAGACAUAUGUAGGUUCUACCACGGCAAAGGAUGGCCAACAGAGGCGAUUGAAAGUGUAUGGAACAGGUGCAAUAAUGAUACAACAUGUAGCAUGCCUGAACUAGAUGGAUAUGAGAAGAAAAGAUAUAUAAAAAGAUAUUGCAAGGUGGAUUUAUUUGGGAUGCAGAACACAGGGGAAUGCGAUGUUGAUUUUAUUGGGCUUGGAAUGUUCAACCUGCAAUAUUUUGAUUGCUUGAAUGGAAUACUGAAACAGAUUGGAGACAACAUGAGAUACAGGAAGAAGGCAAUAAGUCCAACAGAUAAGCGUCCGUUUGGAAAGAAUGUAGUGCAUAGAAUAGAAAAGAAUGUAGAAAUGUGCAAAUCAGUGACAGACGAUGUGAAAAAAGUUGACUUGACGAAUCAAACAUGCAUGUGUGGAAGGUUCCAAGAAUUUCUUAUUCCGUGUGUGCAUGCAUGCAGAAAAAUAAUUGAACUAGGGGAAGAUCCAUAUGCAUAUGUCAGCAAUGUUUACUUAAAGACACGCUUGCUCAAACUGAAUGAAGUCAUUCCAGUCGUAGAUUUGCAAAUAAAAUGCCAACCGGAUAGAAAUCUACUAAAGCGUGGGCCAGGAAGACCGAAAAAGAUCCAGGUUCAUGAACCUCAGACAUUCAGUUGA